AUGGCGAAAGCUAUACCACAAUCAUUUCCAAACACCGUCCACAAGCUAUGCCGUUGGCACAUCAUGAAGAAGUACAGGGAAUACCUCGCGUUGCUGUACAAAAAGUAUAAAACAUUCAAAGAGGAGUUCACAGCUAUAUUAAACUGGCCGCUGAUGCCAAUGGAGUUUGAAGAUGCCCGGGCUGAACUCGUGCACAAGUACAACCUGGAGAAUGACCAGAUGAUGAUGCAGCUGUGGAGUGAUAGGAAGAUGUGGAUUUCAGCAUAUUACAAGAACAGUUUCUGUGCUAGAAUGACUUCCACACAACGAAGCGAGAGCAUGAACCACGUGCUCAAGAAAGGGUUUGUCAAGGGGACCCAGAACCUACACAAGUUUGCCAUGCGGACCAAUCCUGUGACAAAAACAACUUACGGCUACGAGGAAGACAUGUCUAUCAAGUACACGAGAGCCGUGUACACCGGGAUGAGGACUAGGAUGAGAAAAGCCAUGCUAUUUCGCGCAAAGCGUACAACAGAGCCCACUAAGUACCUUGUGUACUACCACAACAAGCCUGGCCAUGAUGAUGAAGAAAGAUUUUCCUGGUCAAAGCAUGAAUUCCAGGUUGUAGCUGACCCAGAGAAUGAAAUAUACGAGUGCCUGUUCUGCCUUCACAUCAUGAACAUACUGGACUACCUGAAGCCUGAAAAAUUUCCAAACAAGUAUAUCCUCAAACGGUACACAAAGACUGCAAAAUCACAACCAACCUUUGAUACAAGGGACUACAACACAACUGCAUCGGAUGGCAGGUCAAGGCUAUCGAAGCAAGACAUCUUGUUGUAG